GCGUGUUCGGUAAGUUAGUAAUUCUAUAUUAAAAAUGGCUGGCUCCCAACGAUCUCGAGAAGCUAUUCAGUUACAAAUUCAACAAGAUUGGGCUAAUCGAGAAUAUAUCGAAAUUAUCACGGUCAGUAUAAAAAAAAUAACCGAUUUUCUGAAUUCAUUUGAUUUAUCUUGUCGUUCGAAGUUGGCCUUAUUGAACGAAAAGCUGACCACUCUGGAAAGAAAAAUUGAUUAUUUGGAAGCAUGUGUUACAAAGGGUGAAACUUUGACGUGAUGAUUGUGUAAAAAUAUCAGUUCUUCGAAAUGAUGCAAGUUACAAAUACUAUAUUCAGAAGGUUAUGUGUGAACAAUGUACCAUGUGCUCGUAAUUUAUUCGGACACGUAUUGAACAAAGUAUUCAACGCCGUGGAUGAA